CUAGUGUCAGCAAUCCUGGAGCUGAAGAGGAAUCAGCAAAGGUGACAGAAAAGGAGUGUCGGGAGAGUGGAAAUCCCAGAAGAGUGCUUCAGAGACGCUAAGCUUUCAGGUAACUGGGAUGGUCGAAAGUGUGGGUUUCCAGAAACUUCGCAAAAAAUCAGGCUCCAUCAGAAGGACUGCUCCACACGCUCAAGGAACACCCACCAACAAAACCCAUCUCCACAACCACCAGAUUAUCUCACCAGCAACACCCAUAGUGCGUCAGGCCGGUGCUUUAUAGCUGCAGCCUGGGCGGCUCCGCUCUCCGUUUUUCCUCUUCUCUGGGUUGUGCUUCCUGCCGUUGUUCGCGAAGAUGCAGCUCAAGCCGAUGGAGAUUAACCCGGAGAUGCUGAACAAAGUGCUGGCCCGGCUGGGGGUCGCUGGCCAGUGGCGCUUCGAGGACGUGCUGGGACUGGAAGAGGAGUCUCUGGGCUCGGUGCCGGCGCCUGCCUGCGCGCUGCUGCUGCUCUUUCCUCUCACGGCCCAGCAUGAGAACUUCAGGAAAAAACAGAUUGAAGAGCUGAAGGGACAAGAAGUAAGUCCUAAGGUGUACUUCAUGAAGCAGACCAUUGGCAACUCCUGUGGAACCAUCGGACUCAUUCAUGCAGUGGCCAAUAAUCAGGACAAACUGGAGUUCGAGGAUGGGUCAGUUCUGAAACAGUUUCUUUCUGAAACAGAGAAGUUGUCCCCUGAAGACAGAGCAAAAUGCUUUGAAAAGAAUGAGGCCAUCCAGGCAGCCCAUGAUGCCGUGGCACAGGAAGGCCAAUGUCGGGUAGAUGACAAAGUGAACUUUCAUUUUAUUCUGUUUAACAACGUGGAUGGCCACCUCUAUGAACUUGAUGGACGGAUGCCUUUCCCGGUGAACCAUGGCACCAGUUCAGAGGACUCACUGCUGCAGGACGCUGCCAAGGUCUGCAGAGAAUUCACCGAGCGUGAGCAAGGGGAGGUCCGCUUCUCCGCCGUGGCCCUCUGCAAGGCAGCCUAAUGCCUCGUGGCGGGGGCACUUCGCUUUCUCCCUCCUUCCCUUCAUCGUGAAAGUAUAUCCCUACCUAUGUGGUCUAAGUGCUUCAGUACUUGUAGAGCACAGCUGUUCUCCUUCGGUUCCGCAGAUGCGCACUUACUUACCCGCAACUUCACCCACACACUAGCAGAGCUCCAUCGAGCAAGUUUGGUGUCACCCUCUGAUGGCAAAGCGUUCCCCUCAUUGUAUGUCUUAUACCUCAAUAUCUAAUGCUUUAAUGGCUACUUUGGUUUGUGUCUGUAAGCUAAGGCCUUGGAUGUGGUUUGUCCUUAAAAGGAAUAAAAUUUUUCUGCUGAUAAGA